AUGACAAAGACCAAGACGUGGACUAGCUUUGCAUCUAGACCAUACAAUAGGAGUGGCCGGUCAUUGGCCAACAUGACAAAUCCUGGUAGUGGGAGGGGUUGCCAACGAGGAACUGCGCUGCUGCUUUGCCUAUUGAUCUUCCAAGCAGCAUCCACUUCCCAUGGUCAAGCGAGUGCAUCAGGAGCCUGCAUCGGCAGCGAGCGAGAUGCGCUUCUGUCCUUCAAGGCAAGCCUCCUGGACCCUGCUGGUCGUCUGUCAUCAUGGCAGGGCAACGACUGUUGUCGAUGGAAGGGAGUCCGUUGCAGCAACAGAACUGGCCAUAUCAUCAAGGUCAGCCUCGGCAGCAUCGACACGCACGGCCACGUGAGCGGAUGGUUGAGCUUGUCGGCAGGGGAGAUGAGCUCUUCUUUGGCUACUUUACAACACCUGAGGUAUCUUGACCUGAGCUGGAAUUACUUCAACGGCACAAGCAUCCCUGUGUUCUUGACUUCUCUCAAGAACCUAAGGUAUCUCAACCUCUCGAAUGUUGGAUUCAUUGGAAGAAUACCUUCCCAACUUGGCAAUCUCUCAAAGUUGCAAUAUCUAGAUGUCAGUUGGAAUUUUCUUGAUUCAAAUAGUUACUCAGUGAACCUUGCAUGGUUGCCACGUCUCUCUUCUUUGCGCCAUCUUGACAUGAGCUGGGUGGAUCUUAGUUCUGCCAAGGAUUGGCUUCAGACGGUGAACAUGCUUCCUUCUCUUAAAGUGCUUCGCCUGAGCUCCUGUGGACUCAAUCUUCCCGUAUCUGCUAGCAUGUCACAUUCCAACCUCACACAUGUCGACAUACUUGAUUUGUCUCAUAACAAUUUUGAUAGUAAUUCCCUCAAGCACGCAUGGUUUUGGAACCUCACAAGCCUUAAGGAGCUUUACCUCCAAUGGUCCGGUUUGGAAGGUGCCAUUCCUAGUAAUUUGAAUGAGGUUCAGCUGUAUCAACUCUGGUUCGAGCAUAGCGGAGUUCAUGGAGCGUUGCCAAAGUGCACAUGGAAUACAUUGCAAGAAUUGUCAGUGCAGGGUGCAAAUAUGACCGGGAAUUUACCCAUUUGGAUUGGGAACAUGACCAGUCUUUCUGUUCUUCAAGUAUCUCAAAACAUGUUAACUGGCCUUCUACCUGUAGGAGUUGGAGCACUUGGUAAUUUAAAAAUGCUGGACCUCAGCUAUAAUAAAUUCAGCAGUGUGCUCACGGAGGAGCAUUUCGCGGGUCUACUGAAUUUAGAGUAUCUGGACUUGUCGUACAACUCUUUGAGAUUAGUUAUCAAACAAAAAUGGGUUCCUCCAUUUAGAUUGAAGGUCGCACGUUUUGCUUCAUGCCAACUGGGCCUAAGUUUUCCAGAGUGGCUUAGAUGGCAAUCUGACAUUGAUGUUCUUGUUGUCAGUAAUGCAAAUCUGGAUGAUGUUAUUCCUGAUUGGUUUUGGGUGACAUUUUCCCGAGCUUCAUUCUUGCGAGCAUCAGGAAACAAAUUGCAUGGCUCAUUACCGGGAGAUCUACAACACAUGUCAGCUGACCACAUAUAUCUUGGGUCCAAUAAGUUUACCGGAGAAGUUCCACGGUUACCUAUAAAUAUAUCAAAACUAAACCUAUCUUCAAACUCUUUCUCUGGGUCAUUGCCAUCAGAGCUGAAUGCUCCACUACGCGGAGAGUUGUUGCUUGCAAAUAAUCAACUUACAGGCACCAUCCCGUCAUCUAUAUGCCAGUUGACUAGACUGAAUAGGUUGGACCUAUCAGGAAACCAUCUUACUGGAGAUAUUAUGCAGUGCUGGAAGGAAUCUGAUGCAAACUCUACAAAUCAAUUUGGUUUUGACAUGCUAAGCUUAUCCCUGAAUAACAACAGUCUCACUGGUGAAUUCCCUAAAUUUCUUCAAAGGUCGUCAAGGUUAAUGUUCCUUGAUCUUUCUUACAAUAGGUUAUUUGGAGGAUUGCCAGACUGGUUGCCAGAAAAAAUGCCGCAUCUGAAAAUACUAAGACUGAGAUCAAAUAUGUUCAGCGGUCAUAUUCCUAAGAAUCUCACUUCCCUUGACAGUCUUCAUUAUUUGGACAUAGCAUACAACAACAUAUCAGGAAGCAUACCAUGGUCUUUGUCAAAUCUGAAGGCAAUGAUGACAGUGUUGUCAGAGGACACAGAGGAUUACAUUUUUGAAGAGAGCAUCCCAGUAAACAUGAAGGACCAAAAGCGUGACUAUACCUUUGCAAUCUACAAGCUACUGGUGAUUCUUGAUUUGUCAAGUAAUAGUUUGACAGGACAUGUUCCGGAUGAGAUAACUCUACUCAUUGGGCUUACCAAUCUGAACGUGUCAAAUAAUCAACUCACAGGGACAAUCCCAAACCACAUUGGUGAUUUAAGGCAGUUGGACUCACUCGACCUAUCCUUCAAUGAGUUUUCUGGUGCAAUACCAUCAAGUUUGUCAGCUUUAACUUAUUUGAGCCACUUGAACUUGUCAUACAACAAUCUGUCCGGUGCAAUACCAUCCGGACAACAGCUACAAGCUCUUGAUAACCAGAUGUAUAUCUAUAUCGGUAACGCUGGUCUUUGUGGAGAUCCUGUUGGCAGGAACUGCUCAACACAUGAUGCAGAGCAAAGUGGCCUCGAAGAUAUAGGUCAUAUGCCAUCUAUUUAUCUUGCCACGAGCAUUGGAUUUGUGGUGGGUCUGUGGAUAGUUUUCUGCACCAUGUUGAUGAAGAGAACAUGGAGAGCUGCCUUCUUCCAGUUUGUUGAUAUGAUGUACGACAUGGUUUAUGUGCAAGUGGCUGUAAGACAUUUUUUACGCAAGUCAACCAUGCCCACCGAGGGUGUGUUUGCCAGCGAAGUGGAGAAGCUCAAGGCCGACCAGUUCAAGCCCUCGAAGCAGGUGAUCCUGGAGCCCUUUGAGCGCGAAACGCCUGCAUCGUUGUGCAGGCAGCAGGCUCAAACGAAGCAGCCGGCGUCUCCUCCCAGCUCCACCGACGACCGCGAGUGUGGCGACGGCGGAGCGAGCAGAGUCGCCGGCAUCAACGGAUUUGGGGCCCAUGUUAUACCGGCCCCGCCCAUCAGACCCUCUAAAACGGAGGCGCAGGUUGUCGAGCUUUGCAGCUCCCAACCUCGCUGCUGCGACCGAUGGACGACGUUCGGUCUGCAGUCGAGCGGCCUGAGCGGCGCCGUCCGUGGUGGGGCGGAUGGGGAGCAACACGCACCUGUAGGACGAUCCCGACGACGCCUCCGCCCGGCCCUCCUCAACCGCUUGCUUGAUUCCCGCGGGUUCGGUUCGGUUCGGAAAUUCCCCUCCUCCCGUGGAUCCGAUCCUGGCAGCGCUCGGACUGAUUUGUGUGCGGCGCAGGUGGUCAAGUUUUGGCGGCGUGGUCGCCGGAGGAUAUUGAAAAUUUACAAAGAUGCCAAGCAGAUUGCUAAAUUUGCUCAAGCAGCCUGGCAGCGGAUACAAAGAAGCUUCAAGGACGACCUCCAGGACAUGAAGGACACACUGGAGUACAUGGAGGCGGCGCUCAAGGAUGCUGAGAGGCGGUCUGUCACGUAG